GCAGCUGUCAUGAAACCAAAACAAAAGCGAUAGCCCUGCUCCGAUAGUGCUCUCCAAACCAAGACGCACGCGAAUUCCUAUGCAGUGAAGAAGGACUCGCAUAGACUAUAAAAGUGCAAUUAGUGUGUAUCGUUUGAAUGUACGGUGUGUAAGUGUGUAAAUUACCAUGUUUGGUUUCAACAAACCAGCGGCGCCAGCGAAGCGUGAACGCAAGCGAGAUCCUGCGGAGUUUGGAAUAUUCGGCCUGACGAACGAUAUCGCUGGCCUAGGAGAUGAUGCGGACGAUGGAAGUGAUCCGGACGAUGAGGAUUUGGAAGCAGAGCUGGCCGCAAUUACAGCCGGAAUGGGAGGCGCUCGGAAGGCGAAGCCGAAACCCAAAGCGAAAGGAAUUGUAGCACCCCAAGAGUUGGAUGCGAUGGUUGCAGCUAGCCUGCGAGACGUUGGCAGCGAUGACGAUGCAUCCGAUGAUGAUGAUGAUUCAGACUUGCUGGAUGAACUAUCAGCGAUAACCGGGACUGCUGCGCCGGAUGAAGACGAUGGAGCAAACGAGGAAGCUGCUAAAUCGAAGCCUCCCGUACCCCCACCGAGGAAAAGUUCCACCAGCGGCGAUUUGGUAUCACUGCUGAAAUCCCGCAUCGCAAUGUACACGCAAGCGGAGGAGGGAGCCAAGACGUCGGGCGAUUCGGGAAAAGCGCGGAGAUUUAACCGAGGACUGAAGACUCUUAAAGACCAGCUGAAAAUGGCCGAAGCAGGGAAAGCAGUGGAUCAGAGUGAAAUCCCUCCAGAAGUAAGCGUAAAAUUAGCAGCGCCACCGAAAGAACCUACGGAUGAACCACCAAAACAACCAAUUUCUGCACCUGCCCGUCCGGCACCUCCUCCGCCUAUUGCUUCUCCGGCCGCAGAUGAACCAGGACCUUCCCGAUCUGCACCACCGGUUCCGCCGAGGGGUGAAGCAAAACCACCAACUACACCUGCACCGGUGCUGCAAGAAAGGGCAGCAGCAGCGCCAUCGAACCCCAAGCUAAGCCUGCUGAACGAACGAAAGCAACUGUACAAGCAAGCAGCACUGAACGCGAAAAAAGUGGGAAACAACGAACAGGCAAUGGCGUACGUUAAGGUUCUGAAACAGUUCGAUGUGGUGAUUCGGGCCAUGGAGAACGGGGAGGAGGUCGAUCUGAGUCGAAUGCCACCGCCACCGAGCGAGCUUAGCAUGGCACAGUCCAGCUCACCGUCAGUGCCUUCCGUUAGCAAACCGAAAGAGGAAGCGAAAGUUCAGAAAGAAGCGGAACUGCCUUCUCCCGCACCGUCGUCUUCCGAGCAACCGGCCGCUGAGGAGGAGGAGGAGGAGGAAGAGGAAAAUUUAAUCGAAGCCACCACUGUGCUAGAGGCGCUGGAGCAGCGGUUGGAGAAGUAUAAAUCCGUCGAACAGGCGGCAAAAGACGAGGGUAACAGCUCAAAAGCCCGUCGAAUGGGACGCAUUGUGAAGCAGUAUCAGGAUGCGAUAAAGAUGCAUAAGGCUGGCAAACCGAUUCCGAUCGAUGAACUGCCCACACCACCGGGCUAUGGGCCAAUUCCGGUGCCGAUCGCUGAGCCAAUCCCGGGAACUAGUAAAAGCUCUCCCAAACCGGCCGUCACCCAGUUCGAUAAGCAGUUGAACAUUUUGCUGGAACGUCAUCGUGAAUAUAAACAGGCGGCCAUUGAGGCGAAAAAGGCAGGCGAUCUCGACGAAGCGAAGGAAUGUUUGCGGGUGUUCAAGGGGCUGGAAAAGCUAAUAGAGGUUGCCCGUGCGGGUGGAAGAGUCGAUCUGACCACAAUCCCGAUUGCACCGUCGAAGCGAAACGCCCUCGAAGCAUCCUUUACCAUCGUCAACACGGAGGACUGUGAUCAGGUGGGAACCGAUACGGGCGGGGCGGCGGGUGCGGUUGAAGGUGUUGAUAGCGAGACGCGCAUACGGCUCGAGGAGCAGCUGUCGAAGCAGCUGAUUAUCUGUCGGAACACGCGUGACCAUCAUCGUGCCAUGGGAGACAUUGCGGGGACGAACAAGUUUGAAAAUCUCGCACUCAACGUCCAGAAGGAUCUCGAUCUGGUCCGGUUGGGCCAUCGGCAGGGCUUGCCACUGCCAAAGUUUCACUACGAAAAGCUGCAAUUCAAUGUGGUAAAGUGCCACACGGAUCUGUCGGAUAAUGAGGUGGAGAUACGGGUGGUAAGGGGAAUCAAUUACAACGUGCCCAAUCCGAAGGAUGUAGAUACGUACGUGAAGUUCGAGUUUCCCUAUCCACAGGAAGAUCCGCUGAAGGGAAAGACGAACCUAGUGAAAGAUACUCACAGUCCUGAGUACAACUACCAGCAAACGUUUGAAAUUCAGCGUAGCCAGCGCAACUGUCAGCGUAUCUUCAAGCGACACGCACUGAAAUGUGAAGUCUAUUCCAAAGGCUGCUGCUGUCACGGUGCAUCAACUGGACUUUUCUCCUGUUUCAGUGGGUUCCUUCGCUCGGACGUGCUGAUCGGUACGGUGACGGUGAAGCUGCAGCCGCUGGAGACGCAGAUUGAAAUCCACGACUCAUUUCCGCUAAUGGACGGGCGGCGCACAGUCGGCGGCAAGCUCGAGGUCAAAAUACGCGUUCGUAACCCAAUCCUGACGAAGCAAAUCGAGCAGAUUAACGAACGUUGGGUGGUGCUCGAUUCAUAGGCACACACUUCCGGGCUCGACGAAUGACUUCCGUUACGGGGCGGCGGGAGACACACACACAUCGGCAUAGAUUUGGAUAGGGAUGGUGGAUUUGUGGAUGAAUGUUGCCUAGAGACGGGCAGCCCUGUGCACAGGAACACAGGUAUCCAAAAUGCAACAACGAAACGUUUUGUGCAACGGAUGGUGCGAAAUGUAGUUGAAUAAAUUAAAUGAGAACUCUGCGAAACGAACCGGCACGUGUUGUUGAACGGACCGGCAUGCCAGACCAAGCCGAGUCGGUCGAUGUUAGAAUGUGAUAUUAAGGACAACCUGCUGGUAACACGGGGUCAACGGGGUGGAACGAUGCGUGCGCUGUCUGUAUGGGUGAGCUAGGACACGAGAGAGCGUGUGCGUUGGAAUCAAUUUUAUGAACCGUACUCUCAACUGGUGUUACGCUCGCAUGAAUUACUGCUGAGAAGGGGUUGUUCUGGCACGGUUUUAGAACGGUUUGUAGUAUGUCGCGAAAUAUAAAGUCCAGCCCGUUAAUCUGACUCUAUGUACACGGUAGUGCAUGUCACCCAGUGCAGAAGAUAAUGAAACAAACACGCUUAAUAUCUAAUUCCUAGUUACGUAACAAACUUCAAAGAAGGUAAAGCACGUGCAAAAUUUCUAAACCAAACCACACAAACACACGCAAAAGAGAGUCUCGUUAAACAUCUGCGGUGGCAGAAUAAUUAUAAUCAUUUGUGCUGUUGUGCUAUUGUUUUGCAUCGUGUUGUAAUGGAAAUUAAAAUGCUGGGUAAUUUCGUAACGGAUGGAUACAAAAAGGUUAGGUCUUUUCCAUAUAGUGAGAAAUUAAAGAGUGUGGGCUUUCAGUUGCAAACCAACCUUUAUGGGAAAUUAAUAAUAAAUAAAUAAUUAAAUUAUGUAAAUUA